AAAAAAUAAAUUAUUUUUUAGAAAACGCUUAUCAAAGACUAUAAAUUCGAAGGCUCUUGUCUCCUCUUGAGUGACUUCUGUUACAGGAUAAAGUAACACUAACCCAAGAUGAACGCCUUCGUUAUUCUGGCUUUCUUUCUGGGAGCUGCAACUGCACAGCUGCAUGACACGUGUCACUCUAACGCGCAGCUGCUUCGAGAAGAAGAAGUUAUCGCCCUUGUGGCGGACAUCUGUGAUCGCAAUGGAGACAACUUCGUCACUGUGCCAGAGUUUGUGGUUGGCUUUGCCGAAAUCCUAAGCUACAGCUUGCCAUUUUCCGAGGCCACCAUCUUGGGCAUGAAUAAGGACGCUCUGAUCACCCUGGCCGCCAUCGCUGGUCUGUCCAUCAGCAGAGACGACUUCGUCAACAAGUGGCACGCGCGUUUUGGAGACAGUCUGGAGUUCGCUCGCGCCACCUUCAACGCCUACGACACCAACAGGGACGGCAAGCUGAGUGUGUACGAGAUCGAGGCCAUCUACAACCAGGUGUUGAGUCGAGAAGAUAACGGAGACGGCAGAGUAUCUGCAUCUGAGUUCCGCGCCUACCUUGGCUGGGUGUACGGAGAAUCCUGCUAGACGCAAGGAACGAAAGAAAAUUAGACACAAAGAAAGAAAAAAAAAUAUUAUAAUCAUACGAUUGACUUGUUGCAAGAGACAACAUUCUCAAAAUUAAAAAAUUCACUUUGUGAAAAAUA